CUUCUUUUCACCGUUCCUUCGAUCUUUUCAACACUCCUUGGCCAAUAUGCCAACUCACUGAAUCAAGUCCAUUCAUUCAUUAGAUUCUAUUUCAAUUUUGUUAUGCAAUUGCGUGAUCUUCUAGCAACAGCCCUUCUGGUGGGCGCAAUCUCAGCGAGAAGAAACAACAUCAAUACUUGUCCUGAGGCCUGCUCUUCGAGCGUUGACCCAUUCUAAUGAGUUGCCUAUCAUUCACUUGACCGGGUCGCUGCCUGCAACCAGUCGAUGCUCCUUAAUUUCGCAAUAUAUAACCCUCUCAAUGAUUCUCAGACUCACUCGACUAUUUAUGCCUGCACCACGGCAAAUGAUACUGCCACGUCAUCUGUGGCGAGAUGGACGGCAUAUGCAGACAACAACACCACCAAUACCUCCUCAGUGAACCUUGAGUUAGGUGUCUGGGGCUCCGUAGCUGAUUCAGCUCAUAGCCAGCUUUUGGGAGCUUUAGACGACGUUGAAUCUUAUAUCGGGUCUGUUAUGGAAACGGAUUUUGUUUUUGGUUAUUCAGGGAAAGCAGUUGUCGGACUCUACAUCGGAGGCGGUUUUUAUGCCUCUAGCACUGCAGCUACUGUGAUGGACCAGAUGCGCACUUACGUCGCCUCUGGGGAGGUGUCCAGUCAAAUGGUCCUACAGUACUGUGGAUCAACGGCCAAUUAUAUUGUUGGCCUGGCUGUCAAUAUGGAUGGAGACCUUCCCGCAGUACAACAGCUGAUGAAGACGUGGAGUGAUGCGGCAUGCGUGUCCGGCUUUGACUCUUAUACAGACAUUGAGUCCACUCUGAACAUCAAGUCUCAGUCUUCCCAUAACACAAGCAUGGCAACUUCUCGGUCUGCGGCGUCGGGUGUCAGUUCUCGAUCGGACACUUGCUCAACCGUGCAGGUUGUCUCAGGAGAUUCGUGUUCCAGCCUCGUGACAGAAUGUGGUAUCACAGCCACCGAAUUCUAUGAAUAGAAAUAAGCCUGUGCGAGACAUAGAAGUCUCGGCGAGAUACCGAUAACUAUUUAGUUAGUAACUUGGUUAGCUAGUUAGCUAACUAGUCACUUAUUUACUAUGAGUGACUCAUCUGGGCUGAGUCCGAUUUUCCGCUUGACGCCGCUGUGCUUCUGUUAUACGACAUCGAAAC